AUGUCUUCAUCAAUAGAUUCGCAACAGCCGCUGCGCCCUCAUACGCCGUCUUCCAUGAAUCUCCCACAAAUUCCUUCUCCUAUUCAUACCGAACAACCGAAACUAGUCAACGAAAUGACUGUAUCAUCAGUAUCCGAAUCCCCAGUAAAUCUAAGAGGGGGUGGACAUCACCAUCACCAUCACCAUUUUCGUACAGAAAGAGAUGCUGCAAUUGUUGGUGGUACUAGCAAGUUGAAGACUGCUGUCCCAGUUGGAGAAGUCAAGUGGAUUGUGGCGUGUUGUGCUCUGCUUUUGAGCGAGGGGGAGAGAGGGAUUUUGAGGGGUGGCACAAGCACGCCCCUUGGCAGUGACAAUUCCCUGGGCUCUCUUGUGCUGUAUGAAGGAUGCCAUGCUGAGUAG